UAAACAGCAGAACGCUUGCUAGCUAGCGACGCUGACAAGUACGGGCAAGAUAGGUCUCAAAGAUCUAGCUAGCUAGCUAUACAUAUUACUGUCCCGUGAAAAUACUAAAUCUUUUAGUUAUCGAGUGUAAAUUUAGCUAACUAGCUAAACGCUAUUUUACUGUCUGUGCCAGACAGUGAAGAGACUUGUCUUACUAGUUAACGUGAGCUUGUCUGCUUAUGCUUUAGCUAGUUACAGCUUGCCACAAUGCUUUUUGAUGAUGGCUUCAACUUCCACAGCUGACAUAAAAGUGUGGCAUGAGGGCGACAGAUGCCUCGCUCCCAGCCUCAGAGAUGGCACCCUACUACGAGAGGGGACAAUCCAGAAACUCCCUUCCACUUCUCAUGGUGAGGACAUGGCACUGGUGAAGUUCACAGAUCAACAUGAUGAAGAUGAAGAAGAGGAGGCAGUCUUUCCAGUCUGUAAACUCCAGAGACCAGACACAAACCAGUCGUCCACCAGUGUAGUGUCUGCCCAGGAGAAGCCUCUAUUCCUCUGCAGCCAGACACCUCCCGGGCCAUCAGAGCCCUUGGUGUUGUCACCGAGUGGUGUGGCAGUCCCAUACACCAUCAACAGGUACCUGAGGUACUACCAGAAGGAAGGGAUCCAGUUCAUCUAUGACAACUAUGCCCAGUCCAGAGGAUGUAUCCUGGGAGAUGACAUGGGCCUGGGCAAGACCAUUCAGGUCAUUGGUUUCCUGGCUGCUGUGCUGGGUAAAACAGGGACAUGGGAAGACAUUGAGAACAACAGGCCUCAGUUUCUUCUCACUCAGAUCCCCACACAGCGAAGCAAACCCCGAAAGGUGUUCUUGAUUGUGGCCCCUCUGUCGGUGCUGUACAACUGGAAAGAGGAGCUGGAGACGUGGGGUCACUUCCUGACCGUUGUAGUCCACGGUCUGAGGAAAGAGGAGGAGCUGGCUCGCAUCCGGAGGGGACGCUCUGAGAUCGCCCUCACCACCUACGAGACCCUACGCCUCUAUCUGGAGCAGUUUAACAGCAUUGACUGGUCUGCUGUGAUAGUGGACGAGGCCCACAAGAUCAAGAACCCCAACUCCCAGAUCACUGGGGCAAUGAAGGAUCUGAGGUGUCCGGUCAGAGUGGGCCUCACUGGCACAAUCCUGCAGAACAACCUGGAUGAGCUCUGGUGUGUCAUGGACUGGGCCAUCCCUCGUUGCCUUGGCAGCCUGGGUAACUUCAAGAAUAUGUUUUCGGACCCCAUCGAACUGGGGCAGAAGCACAGCGUAACUAAGCGGGCCCUAGCGACGGGCAGGAGGGCGGUCCGGGCCCUGGCUGCGAAGCUCUCCCAUUGGUUUCUCCGGAGGACCAAGGCUCUUAUCAGAGAGCAGCUGCCCAAAAAAGACGACAGGGUGGUGUACUGUUCGCUGACGUCAUUCCAGCAGACUGUGUACCAGGCGGUACUGGACACGGAGGACGUCACCCUGCUCUUGCGCUCCUCAGAGAAGUGUGACUGUCACAGUGGACACUCCCGCAGGAAGUGCUGCUACAAGGUGAAUGCUCGGGGUGUGCGUGUGACAGACCUGUACUUCAGUUACUUGGCCAUUCUCAGGAAGGUGGCCAACCACGUGGCUUUACUGCAAGCCAAGUGGAACACCAGCAAAAAGCAGGAGCAGUAUGUGAAUGAGAUCUGUGAGACGGUGUUCCAGAAGUUUCCUGACUUCACAGAGAAAUGCAAGCAGGCAGCAUUUGAGGCCAUGUCAGACCCCAUGUACAGCGGAAAGAUGAAGGUUCUCCAGAGGUUGUUGAAACAUUACAUGCAGAGAAAAGACAAAGUGCUAUUAUUUUCCCUCUCCACUAAGCUGCUGGACGUGCUGGAGAGCUACUGCAUGGCAGAUGGGCUGGAGUAUAGCAGAUUGGAUGGCAACACCAAGCCCAGAGAGAGGCUGAAGAUCGUCAAAGAGUUCAACAGCUGCCCUGACAUCAACCUCUGCCUGGUCUCCACCAUGGCAGGGGGUCUGGGCCUGAACUUUGUCGGGGCCAACAUUGUGGUCCUGUUUGAUCCCACCUGGAACCCUGCCAAUGACCUGCAGGCAAUUGACAGGGCAUAUCGUAUAGGCCAGUGCAGGGACGUGACAGUGUUCAGACUCAUCUCUCUGGGAACAGUGGAGGAGGUCAUCUACCUGCGCCAGGUCUACAAACAGCAGUUACAGUCUUCUGUGAUGGGUAAGGAGAGUGCCCGGCGGUACUUUGAUGCAGUGCAGGGGUCCGACGACCAGAAGGGGGAGCUGUUUGGGAUACAGAACCUCUUCAGGCUGCAGACCCAGGGGACCUGCCUCACCAGGAGAAUACUGGAGCGGGAGGGACGAGUGGAGGUAGGAGUAAUGACGUCCAGCACCCACACAGGGGAAGAGGAGGAGAGGAAGAGCGAGAGCGAGGCUGGGGAGGUUUCCGCAAGGGACCACUGUGAACUGGGCAAUGGAGGGGCGAUCGGCAGUGUAGGGGCCUCGAGGAUCCCCAGGGCAACAACCAGGGGGGUACUGGACUUCAGCAGUGGCAGUGAGGAGGAGGGGGAACAGGGGGACAGGAGUAAGGUGGAGAAGGCAAACACUACCCUUCCUGGCCGACUCAGUCUCCUUCAGCAUGGCUUCUCCAGGUUGCUCCAGAGGUCAGGGGUCAGGGCUGGAUCAGGGUCAGAAUCAGGGGAGCAUAGCCAGAGUGAGGGGGGAAGGAGUGAUUCUGAAGAGGACAGUGAUGAAGACACUUCUGCCAUGGCACCAAAGGGCCUCAGCACCGCAGGGAGUGGGGGCCCCCAGACCCCUACAUUGGCCCCCAAGUGUGGGAACCACUUGGAUGCAGCUCCUCUGAAGAACGACUGGGACGUCUCCAGUGGCUCUGAGAGAGAGGAAGAAAGGAAUGGAGGGAGAUGGGAUGGACAGAGGGGGCGAGACCAUGAUCCUGUUACACUGUCUGGAGAGAGUGAUGACAUGGGGAGAAAAAUACAAAAUCGAAAACAAGGAAUAAGGAGGAAGAGGAGGGUGGAGGAGGACAGUGAUGAUGAUUUACCCCCCUCCAGUGGAAGCAAACGAUCUAACACUAAAACUCCAGUUUCCAGAAUGCACCAGGUGAUGUUUGACUCUGAGUCUGAGGACAUAGACAUUGAGGAGCUAAUCAAACCUUGUGCACAAACUCAUGUGCUUAAGAGACCCCCAGCACACCUGAGAAGGAGGGAGAUGGGGAGAGAUGGUGGUAGUAAGAGAGAGACCAGCAACAGACCAGUAGACCAGAGUAGAAGAACCAGACAAGCAGAGGACAUUGAGACUUUUACCUCCUCAGACGAAAACCACACUGCAGUCGAAAGAGUCCGAUCUGUUACAGCCCCACAGAACCACAAUCAUGGCCGAGGCCCACAGACAGACCAACACGGAGCGAGGGCGUUUACAAACCCAAAAGUGAACCAGACUGUCCCUUCUGCCAAAGGACCGCCCUGUGGAACGAUUGACAAUGUGUUAGGUGGUGUACGGGAGGUGGUUUACACCCACUCUAACCAACAUGUGGUGGGCGGGAGCAAGGCCGAGGAGCGAAUCAGCAGAGCCGCUCUCAGAGACGUGUUUGAGCGCAGGAGGUUCUCCCAGCUUCCAGCCAAUGAACUCCGGGACACACAGAAGACCCAGCCUGAACACACUCCACCAUUCUAUACUUCCCAUAAUAAUGAUGUUGGUUGGGUGGGAGCAGUGCACAGACCCAGUGUGGACCACCCAGUCACACACACCAUCAGGAGCGUCCACCACCCCACCCAACACACCACCGUCAUUAUCGGAGAGACCCCCGGAACCAUCCGAAGGCAGCAGCUGGAGGAGAUGGCGUGUGUAUUUGGAUCUGUUUCAUUGAGACAGUUUGCUGAGGAGGUUCUGAGGAGUACCUCUGCCCAGAGACUGGCUCAGCUACGACAGUACUACACUGACCAGGGCCCUGAGGUGGCUUCCACCAUCAGGGAGAACUUCGCAGAACCACACACAGCCCAGCCCAAAGUUAACAGGACAACCCCUUCCUCCUCUACAACCAAACACAGACCCAACUCCAAAAGGAACCAGAGAGUUGCUCUAGAACCCCAAGCAGAACCUAGAACCCGACAUAGGUCCGUUCCAGAACCCCAGAGGGAUGUUCCCUCUUCUGAGGAGCAGAUGGUCCGGAACGCCAGAGGAGGGAAGAAGAAGAGUGGUAAUAGUGGAAUGUCCAGAGCUGCUCAGUGCUCCAGCUCAGACCUGGACAAUAGUAGGAGUAGUCCUCUGGGACCAGGGGCCUCUAGAGCUCAACCCGUUUCCUCCUCCUCCUCCUCUUCUUCAGCUCUCAGCCAUCCCCAGGCUAAGCCCACAGCCAGCCCUCAGAGAGGGAGGAGCAGCCUGCUGUCCUCCCCCAGGAAGAGUGAGGUUGUGGGGAGGCAGCGGUACAGAGCUCAGCCUUCCUCUCCCCCCAGCCAGCAGGUCCUCCUCACAGAGCUGCUAGGAGACACCUCUAUCCUGGACGACCUGCUACGACCCAGGAGCAAGGCCUCCUCAGAGCCUUCGAGGGCCUUCCCAAAAACCCCUACCUCACGGGCUGUCUUCACACCCACUUCUCACUCUGCCACACCUGCCUCCUGUCACCCUACAACGCCUCCCAAACCGCCCAGCACACCCCACCCUCGGCCCCUGACAAAAUCCGUCCCAGGCCCUUCUUCUACUACUACUACUCCCCCCUCUCGAUCCAUCACCACACCCCUCACACACCCCAUUACACCACUUUUCUCUCCAGCCCCUGAGAGGUCAAAGAACAGCCACAGAGACUUCUGGGACAUUUUGGAGGAGGGUAACGAGGAGAGGAUCAACAAACUGACGGACCCGUCGGAGGUAGAGAGGGUGUGUGAGAGUGCUAGCGUCAGGGCCAGAGGAGGAACAGGGGGAGGAGAGGAGAAAGGGAACACGUCACUUUGGAAGAGGAACGACAAGUUCCUGUGGAAGAAGUGAUUUUGGGGGAGACAUGACGACAUGUAUUUUGCGUUCGACUUUUAUUAUUCUUAUGCUUUUUUUAAAAUGAAAAAUUUAAUCGUUUUGGUUACUGUAACCUAUCCUGAAAUUAUAGAUUGAUAAAUAGGUGUGUGUGUGUGUGUGUGUAGACAAACCAUGUGUGUGCGUACUCAUGUAUGGAAAUGUACAUUGUAAUUCAGAACAUUAAUGCCAUGUGCCAUUGACUUGGGCCAGACAUGGUCUGACUGUGUCAGUGGUGGUAACCCAUGUUUCCUGCUCAACUAAUUAGUGACCACCAGCCUGAGAAUCUCAUGUCUGGCCACCUACAUGGCAGGUAGGUGUCUCUGUCUCUUUGUCUGUGUUUCUGUCUUCCGCAAGGCUUGGACUAGUUUUCUUAAAUACUCUUUCUCAAUAGACGGUGUGUAUGGGAAGUGGGCCAGGGGCUGUCUGGGGGCAGGGCCUGUGGUGGGUACAUGCCCGGGGCGCUCCUUCCCGCAUCAGUAGUCUGCAAAAUGACAGGCUGUGGUUGGGCUCAGCUCUGCUUCUAAUGGCCUCAGAGUGGAGGCCGCUGCUGCACCAUUAGAGCAUUAAUGAGGUAAAAUCUGUGGGUCGUGGCCCACCAUUUUGGGGACCACUGUUGUAUACCAUCUCUGAUAGUUACUGUAUAGAGGUGUGUGAGAGAGAGAGAAAGCCACACAGCUGUUUGACCUCUCAGCUGAGGUAAGCAGAGCCCCUAAGGGUGCAGCUCUGUUAAUGUGUUUUGUUUAGCUGAAAUGAGAAAGUGCUGAUAGCUACCAAUAAACAACAAGACUAAUACGUGCCUCAACAGAACACUCAGCUCCGCUGCCAAAGCCGUGUGUGUAGCCCUUCUGGGUGGUAGAAGGUGCACACAGACAGGCUACACAUCUGCCACGCCUGUUCAAAUCUGAGACUGAGGAGAAUAAAAAAAGCCCUUUCUAUAUCUCUUUCCUCCUCAAACUCACGCCACGAACAGAUUCCCAUCUACCUCCCCCUCCGCUCUUUGCUCAGUCUCGUUCAAGUGCAAUGACAGUCAGGCUUAAAAGGUUUUAGAAAUGCACUAAAUGAUUGUAAAGAAUUGGACACCUCUACAGUACAUCAUGCCCCAAUGAUUCCCAAUGUUGUCCUGUCUAAAAGCUAUCUAAAAGGAUUCCAGCUCUUCAGUGACGUGAGAAACGCAAACCGAGUGCUGUUCUGUCCUCUGGACGGAUGUCAAUAAAUAUAAACAGGUGGAACAUGUUUAGCAAGAGGCACUGAGGACUAAAAAGACAAGAGUCAAAGAGUACAAGAGUCAAAGAGUUGUUUGUGUUCACUGGAUUAUGGGUCCACUUGUGUCUACCAUCUUUUCACUCUGUUUUGCUGUAUUUUGUUCCCCAUUUUGGGCAUCACUUUUGACCCAAAAAAUGGACUGCUGGCUUUUUCUAACUUCCCUAUUAGGGUCUUUUCUCUGUGUGUCAGGACGGUGAGAGGACAUUCUGGAUUCCCUGUCACAAUUACCCAAGUGUCUGUCCAUCCAUCUGGCUGGCUGGGUUUACUUGCAGAGAGACAGAGAGCGUAUGGUGUGAUUGGUGAAAGAAAGGCCAAUGGAGGCCUUUCCUCUCAGGUUUCUACAGAGAUGGAAACACUUGAGUAAAUGGGGGAUGCAAAGUAUAUUGAAAGCAGGUGCUUCCACACAGGUUUAGUUCCUGAGUUAAUUAAGCAAUUAAUAUCCCAUCAUGCUUAGGGUCAUGUAUAGAAAUGCCUAGUUGCCCAUUAUUUUGGCUAACAUGGCUAGAAGAAGAGAUCUCAGUGACUUUGAACGUGGGGUUGCAAAGGAGCAUAGGGGGUUUAACGGGUGAGUGUGUGUGUCAGUCACCAGAUCUCAACCCAAAUUCUGGAGGAGCGCCAGAGACAGCGUUUUCCAACACCAUCAACAAAACACCAAAUGAUGGAAUUUCUUGUGAAAGAAUGGUGUCGCAUUCUCCAAUAGAGUUCCAGACGCUUGUAGAAUCUAUGCCAAGGUACAUUGAAACAGGUCUGGCACCUCGUGGUGGCCCAACGCCCUAUUUAGACACGAGGUUGGUGUUUGUUUUAUUUUGGCAGUUACCUGUCCGUCUGCAGUAUUGGAGCUCGCAGCUCUUCAUGAGGAACUAAGAAUUUGAGAAAAGAAGGCGAUGGUAACCUUGGCAGAAUGUGGUAUUUCUGCCCCUCUGUAGCAUUGGUUUCAUUUAAUGUAUUUUGCAUGUGGAUGUAUAAGUCAUUUAAAUAAUGCAUCAGCUGCUAUUAGCCCCCUCCCCAAAAAAACAAUAUAUAUUCCUAAAACCAUCUAUUCAUCGUCUGUCCAUCCAACCAUUACUCCCUUCUCAUUAUUGCUGGUCGUCCCCGCAGUGGCAGACCACGUAAAAACACCUGCACAGGAUCGGUACAUCCGAACAUCACACGUGUGGGACAGGUACAGGAUGGCAACAACAACUGCCGAGUUACACCAGGAACACACAAUCCAACCAUCAGUGCUCAGACUGUCUGCAAUAGGCUGAGAGAGGCUGGACUGAGGGCUUGUAGGCCUGUUGUAAGGCAGGUCCUCACCAGACAUCACCGGCAACGUCGCCUAUGGGCACAAACCCACCGUCACUGGACCAGACAGGACUGGCAAAAAGUGCUCUUCACUGACGAGUCGCGGUUUUGUCUCACCAGGGGUGUUGGUCGGAUUUGCGUUUAUCGUUGAAGGAAUGAGUUACACCGAGGCCUGUACUCUGGAGCGGGAUCGAUUUGGAGGUGGAGGGUCCAUCAUGGUCUGGGGCGGUGUGUCACAGCGUCAUCGGACUGAGCUUGUUGUCAUUGCAGGCAAUCUCAACGCUGUGCGUUACAGGGAAAACAGCCUCCUCCCUCAUGUGGUACCCUUCCUGCAGGUUCAUCCUGACAUGACCCUCCAGCCAUACUGCUCGUUCUGUGUGUGAUUUCCUGUAAGACAGUAAUGUCAGUGUUCUGCCAUGGCCAGCGAGGAGCCCGGAUCUCAAUCCCAUUGAGCACGUCUGGGACCUGUUGGAUUGAAGGGUGAGGGUUAGGGCCAUUCCCCCCCAGAAAUGUCCGGGAACUUGCAGGUGCCUUGGUGGAAAAGUGCAAAUCUGGUGCAGUCCAUGAGGAGGUGCACUGCAGUACUUAAUGCAGCUGGUGUCCACACCAGAUACUGACUGUUACUUUUGAUUUUGACCCCCCCUCCUUUUGUUCAGGGACACUUUAUUCCAUAGUCACAUGUCUGUGGAACUUGUUCAGUUUGUCUGUUGUUGAAUCUUAUGUUCAUACAAAUAUUUACACAUGUUAAGUUUGCUGAAAAUAAAUGCAGUUGACAGUGA